UUUGGAUUUGCUUGAGUCUUGUGCAUCUCCGACCAAUAUCAUUCCGCCACGAUCGACUUCAAGCCUUUGGCUGAGUAGUACAAAGGUAUCUCAACAUGGCUUCGGGUAAGUCACUGCGCGAAACUCCCCCCUUCACCUGUUUUUCCCUCAGUAUGAGUCAAGGUCUGUCCCGGUGGAUGCCCAUCGUGUGUCCAAACGAGCAAUACUUGAAAGCAUGAACAACAAGUUUGCACGACUCCUUGAUACGUUUACUGCUUGGUCUUUCUAUCAGAGUGCAUUAUUCUUCUUCAAAAGGGUUCAAGUCUCAUCUAACCCGACCUCAAAAACGGCAGCCUCUUUAGAAACGCCGCCUACCACGCCGAAACCGCCCUCGGAUCAUUUACCGUCAACGAACUUCGAUGUGGUGGCCUUCUACAACGAUCUGAUUCGCGAUGAUCCCACCAUCACACCACCGAUCGCCGCUAUCGAGUCCCUCAUUGAACUUCUCGCCAAAACACGAUUAACCACCAUCUCCGAGACUCUGGCUCUACUGUCCACCCACUCUCAGAAACUCUUGGCCUCGCAGCGUAAUCCAAUCCCGUUGUCGGCCGGUACAGACCUCUUCCAGCGAUACUUGGUCAGCUCCUUUCAACAGAGGCCCUCCUCGCUGGCCGAUUCCGACUUCCACACGCUCCGUGACCACAUCCUAAGCAAUUCUUCGCUUUUCGUGAAGCGAGCGAAUGAGGCGCGACUCAAAAUUGCUCACUGCGCGCUUCCCUUCGUCAAGGAGGAAUCGACGAUCUUCACCUAUGGCUAUAGCCGGGUCGUGCGAACUCUGCUUACUCACGCAGCUGAGGCCAACCGCUACUUCAACGUUGUCUACGUCCUUCCCUCGAAAGGCCUGUCUGAGACUAUUGCAAAGUCCAUCGGGGCACUCAACAAACUGGGCAUUCCGACUACCACCAUAUCUUUACAAGCAUUGACCUACGCGCUGGCUUCUUUACCUUUUGGAUCUCCUCCACCACAAUUCAUUGUUGGUGCUACGGCUGUAUUGGAGAAUGGCUCGAUCAUAACAGAAUUGGGCACUCAUCAAAUUGGGUUGACGGCUAAGGCUUUCUCGAUCCCAUUACAUGUUGCGGUGGAAUCGUACAAGUUUGUCCGCAACUUCCCCUUAGGUUACGGACCUCUCGAUCUCGCUCGCAUGGGUGUGGAGCAGGACAUUUUGCAAUUUACGACCGACAUGGAUGGCUCGAAGAAUAGUGAUCACGAGGAACUCCCUGAUGGAAAACAAAUGGUGGAGAUUACGCCGCCAGAACUCAUUGAUGCAUUGAUCACAGAAAAUGGCAUCCUCACACCCAAAGCAAUAAGUGAGGAGUUGAUCAAGUUAUGGUUUUGAGCACGGUGAUCAGGCCUUUGAGGAAGGUUGAAUGAAGACAGGCCGAAGCUGCUGCAAUAUCUCAGGCAGCAGCUUGUGAGCACUACAUGAGACAGGAAGUCGCAAAACGACCCAAGACACCGAAGAGAUAGUCGCGAAUAUCUACAUUACUGCCGUCCAGGAGACAGGCCUUCGCUACACAGGCAGAGUGCGAAAGGAGAAGAUAACGGCGAUCGAUGCCUCUACCUAGCUACAGUGACGAACAGC